GACCACUCCUCAUUGGGUUUCAUUAUUCUUUCACUCUCUUUCUUCUCGCCGAUUCUAAUAUUCCUUUCGCUUCUCUCUCUCUCUCUCUCUAUUCGACACACUACUUUCAGCUUUUUCUCAUUUGCUUUCUUUGGCUUGUUAAGGGUUUUUCCUUUCUCGUGGUUUCCUCUCAUCGAAUCAAGGACGCACGUUCCCAUUUCGCCAUUUUGCCUCUAUUCGUCUCCGUCUAAGUGAAACUUUGCAUGAACAGAAAGUUUGGAGGCGCUUCCAUUUUUGAAGUAUUAUUGUAUGUAGUAAGAUGGGGUGUUUCACUGUUUUGAAGAGCAAGAAGAAAAAGCCUGAGCCAUCAGCUUCCAUCAAGCGUGUCAGUCCUAAGGAGCAAACACCAACCACACUACCUGAGCCCCAGAUACCAACUCGGACGUUGCAGUCAGCGCCCCCUAGUUUUAGGACAAGAGCGAAGCCUGUUCAACCAGAUAACAGAGUAACUAACAGUAGAGCACGAGCAUUGUCAGCUCCAGAAAGCCUUGAUGCUGCAGAACAAGAUGAUCUUGCUGCAGUUGAAUAUGAUGAGCAUGAAGAGUCAAAGAGCAGAGUUGGUUUAACAAGGGACCACCCAAGUCCACAGCCUCUUCCUCUUCCUGCUGUUGCUCUGAAGCCUGUUGGUAGUUUCAAAGCUGGAAAUAGCAGUGGCCCUCUCUUUGCUUCUGGGCCAUUGCCACUGCCACCAUGUGGAACACACAGUGGAACACUAAGGAACUUUUCAUAUGAAGAAAUUGUAUCUGCUUGCCGCAGUUUCUCUUCAGAUCGAUGUGUAUCAGAAGGUCUUUCUUCCACUAUAUACAGGGCUUCCUUUGGGGAUGAAUCUUCAAGUUCAAAGAAGUUUGAAGCCAGUGUUACUCGCCUUCAUUCAUCCUCUCUGUGUUUGAAGGAAUUUAUAAAUGAGGUUAAUACCCUUGCAUCCUUGCGACAUCCAAACCUGUGUAAACUGCUUGGAUACCAUGCACGUGAUGUUUCAGAGCAGAGGAUGCUGGUUUACGAGAGGCUUUAUCAUGGAAGCUUGGAUCGGCUUUUGUAUGGGAGAUCAGAUGGGCCUCCCAUUGAUUGGAAUACAAGAAUGAAAAUUGCUUUAUGUGCUGCACAAGGUCUUACUUUCUUGCAUGAAGAAGGGCCUUUCCAGGCAAUGUACAAUGAAUUCUCUACUGGAAACAUACAGAUCGAUAAAGAUUUUAGUGCAAAGCUAUCAGGAUAUGGCUGUGUUGGUCAAAUUCCUGAGACAGAGAUCUCUAAUAGUUCAGUGGCUGUGGCAAAUCUCUCUUUGGAGACACUGGAGAGAGGGCUGUUGACUCCAAAGAGCAAUGUAUGGAGUUUUGGAGUUGUUCUGCUUGAAUUACUUACUGGCCGGAAGAAUCUUGAUAAUCGCCAUCCCAAGGAAGAGAGGAACUUGGUUAAGUGGAGCCGGCCUUUCCUCGCUGAUGACUGUCGAUUGUCACUAAUUAUGGAUCCUCAGCUAAAAGGUCGUUUCCCAGUGAAGGCAGCCCGGACACUGGCUGAUAUCGCUCUCAGAUGCCUUCAGAAGGACCCAUUGGAAAGACCAACUAUGAGAACUAUUGUCGAACAUCUUAAAGUAAUACAAGACAUGAAAUGUUCCACUCGCUUUCCAUUGCAAGAGCCAGCAGCAGUUGCUGGAAAACAGAUGUCUAGGUCACCGAGUCUUAAUGGCAUCAUUACCCCACAACCCAGGUUAAGUUUUUCACCAUCACCACCAUCAAGAGCUCAGCCAUCUGUUUCACCCACAAGACCGCCUGCUUUGCCAAUGUCUCUUCCUCCCCGUGCCUGUUCCUCAACCCUCUCAUUCGAGGAAUUUGAACUGCAGGAAAGCCGGAAAUCGUCUUCUUCAGCUGUUCGAAGGGCUAGUGUUGAAGGAUUUUGAUUGUCAAUAUGCAUUUUUUCAUUUUUUUUCCCCAACGCUUUUGUUGAUUCAAUAGAAUAUAUAGAAAAGAUAAAAUUGUGGUUCUUCCACCUUCGAAUCCCUGAAGAUGAUAAGAGAGGAUUGUAUUUUGUAGAUAGUGUAAGCCUGGUCCACCUGGGCUUAUUAAUUUCCUGUAAUCCACAAUGUCAUUAAUCCACUGGCUAUUCUUGGUGA